UCUGCUGAUACCAUUGUGUAGGUGAAUGAAUGAGCUUCCAAAAAUGUUUGCAUAAGGUGGUGGGGUUUGUGGUGAUUAAUAUUGUUAUAUAAAUUAUAGUGGGUAAUCGGUUAGGGAGAAAGCUUGAAUAACUUUGAUAAGAAAAAUUUGUCCAUAUAGUUCCAGAGAUAAUUGAUGUUACACAUUUUUUUCACGAUCACCCUUGUUUUAGCCUCGAGAUCAGGCCGAUUAAAAUACGGCCUGGUAUCUAUUGCAUGGGUGAUAGUACACAUGCGCAAACUAAGUUCCCCAGAAUCUGGGGAAUUCGUUAUACUUUAGUAAACCUUUGUAAAAUUAUACCGUAAACUAGUUUGUUUACUAGUUUCUUUCACAAAUACUUGUCUCCUGUGAAACUGUGGCUUAUACUCUCUAUUGCGUUGUCGAGAAGGCUUGCACACUAUUCUGAAGCCAGAAGAGGCUCUCAUCUACCUCUACGAUGGACCUAUGGUUGCAGUUGGAAGCACAUAAGUCAAAGGCUUGCCAUAGUCUGUACAGAAACCAAGUUCAAAACAUCACGACCAUCCAACCAUCAUAGAUAGAUGAGAGCCUCUUCUGGCUUCAGACUAGUAUGCAAGCCUUCUCGACAACACCGUAGAGGGCCACAGCUUGCUAGCUAGCUAGCUAUAAAGCUUCGUGCGCAGUAGAUAGUACACGGGCGUGGACAGGUCACGCCUAUGAUUAAUUACACAUGCAAUAGAUACCAGGCCGUAUUUUAAUCGGCAUGGAUUCGAGGCUACUCUCGUUUUCACCUACUAGUAAAUGGAUUUCCCACAAUAACAGCUUUUGGGAAAAGUUUUUGAUUAAUGUUGUAGCUUAUUCAUUCACCUACACAAUGGUAUCAGCACAAUUUCUUAGAAAUGUUCCAAUCUUGAGAUACAUUUAAGCACAACCACUCACACAUUUGUGGUAUAUUCUACUCUCUUGACUGGAUGCACUGUGUGGGUAAUGGAAUCAGGAAACAUCUACGUAUAAUAAUGCUUGCAUGUAAAGAGGGGUACAUGUGGCUCGCAGUGACUGCAAAUCUAGCAUUGCAAUUGCAUCAAUAACUGUAAUGGCAUUGCUAGUUGGGCGUGGCCCGACCUUCCGUUAGGACGAGAGGUCGGGUUUCAGCUAAUGUUAGGAUUUGUCUUGCUGCAUUACUGGAGAACGAAACUUACGGCUGUCAGAAUGCCCUCCCACCCAGAGGUGAUCACAGGUAUAAUUAUAGAACCCCUCUAGAUCUGGGCUGUUUUCCUUGACUCAGUACGUUAUUUUAUUCUUAUUUUGCAAGCGUCUAAUUCUUAGCCUGAAAAGAAAAACGUUUCGUGUAGCCCUCUAGUAUGGUAAGAAAUAUUGUAUAUUAUUACACAGAGCUAGAAGUAUUUUAGAUGAAGAUUGGUACUAAUAAUGCACCAAUAUUGGUCAUUACCGUAUAGUGUGUAAUUUUCGUGGGGCAAAAUGCACUUGUUCCAAAGGUGGCCAGAUUAACGAAGGUCUACUGUAACUCUUCGCAAAGACAAACAAACACCUAUACCGGUACUUGUAUAACAUCACGAUUCUUGCCAGCAAGCAAAAAAAGAAGUGUUAAAUUCUCUGCUGAUUUGGCUCAUUCGAAACUUUCAUACAUGAUUCAUGUACAGUAACAUGAGCAGUAAUACAGUGUUCAGCUUAUAUACCCAUCAUGCAACUAUACGCCUAGCUGUGGAUUAUUUCUGAUCAUUAUGGCCUACAGCCAAUGACAUCCAUCAAAUCCACUCAUGUGACAGUACUUUAAUGACUUGAUGAUCAUCAUUCAAGUCAUCCCGCCUCUCAAAAGUGCAGCUUGAAGCUAGGUAGCUUUUUUAUACCGUAUAGUGGGUAAUUUUCGUGGGCAAGCUGACCUCCACAAAAUUUUAACGUAGGCGUGGCUUACCGGAAUGUAUGAAUGCAGUGCAGGCAACGAGACUAAACGAAAUUUUGACUCACGAAAACCAACCGUUUUCCAGAUAAACGAAUUUUUACCCCACGAAAAUUACCCGCUAUACGGUAAUCUGAAAACUAGCUUGAACAGGUUUUCAGCUUCAUGAUCAGCAAUCAAACUUUUGCUGGUGCAAACUUUUAUAUAUAACACACUUAGCUAGCCAAUGCUGGUGCACUUGGGAUGAUGCAAUAAUGCUCCAGCGUAACUGUAACUAAGAACAUUAUUGCAUCAUCCUCGUGCACACAUUAAAACACUUAUCGCUAGCUAAGUGUGAUAUUACUUUGGGGCUGAUGCCUCGGUGGAGGUGCCACAGCUACACAAUAAAGCUACUAAUAGCUUUUACACACACAUUAUAAUUAUCAUGAAGAAUAUUAUUUUGCUGCAUGCAAACUGAGUGGGUAAUGAUCGAUCCAUGAUUGUUGUUAAAAACGAUCGAUGCCAAAAGUUCAAGUCUAAAAUUAAUGGCUGCAUCAACAGGCAACUCUCUUCUCACUCUUGCAGCUACCAAUAGCUAGCGUUCUAGUGCAGAGCUAACUACUAAGUAGAGUAGCAACACUCGAUGAACAAGUUUUGCUACGCACUCUUCUGAAAAGGCUGCAAUGGCAUUCCAAGUAAGCACAACUAGGCAUAACUCGAGAACGAAGCAUUAUAUAUAUUUGCAAAUCCACGAAUCCAUACCAAACUUUCCUAUAACUAUACACUAAAGCCACAGUGACGUAUUUGAAUCUUUAUACCCUUACAACGAAAGUACACUGUUGUAACAAUCAUGCAUUAAUUGAAUCCAUAUUGAUAUGUAGCCUUGGAACAGGGACCCCCAAAUAAACAUUUGUGUGCACCAUCUUUUAAUUCAAGAUUUAUUGUUACUACAAAAUCUGGAAAUUGAAACACGAUAUCUGCCCACUCACUGUACGUGUCAUCCCCGCAAUGAUUAUUAUCAGAGGUGCAUAUUGGGACUACAUUCAGUUGCUGAGGGUAUUAUCAUGUGAAGUUAGAGUUGUGUUUUUACUUUACCACUGGAGUUGUGUUUUCACUUUACCACGUACUGAUUGUGAGAGAUAACGAUCAUAUACCUCUUCCACCACUCUUUGUGUCGCAUAUUCUUCAUCUCUAACUCUCCCUUUAUACCAGUUGGCAGUGAUACAGUGAAGAACAAAUGCAACUGUGCAUAGCCCAGUUUUCACAGACAAGGCAACAAACACACUUUGAUAGAAUGCGUUAACAGCUUUACUUGCUAGGACUGCUGAUAGAAUAAGAACCGUGAAGAAGCCAACACAUAGACCUCUAAUUUUGUAUGGAGAUUGUGCAUACACAAACUCCAAGGCUGAUGUAAGUAGGGAUUGUUUGAUUAAGCCGUCUAUCACUGAAUUUAGUACAGCAGAAGUCCAUUUGAGUGCUAUUAGCUUGCUCCAUUGACUGAUGUAAUUUUGGGCUAUGACAAAACUCAGGCAUGUUAAGCUUACUAUUGUACUCGCAACAGAUGAGAUGCCGAUUCUCUUAAGAAUAGUUGGAAUCUUGUUUCUGACUAAAGGAUAGACAAGAAACUCGUAAGCAAAAGUCCCUAUUAACAGGCACCAGGAAUUGCCGUAUGUAAACCUUAUCACUAUCUCGUCACUGCAAGCAUUAACAAGUGUUGAAGGAAUUGAAUUGAUAUGGGAAUCAAGUUGUGUUGCAAAGAGUACAAACCAUAUUGUAAAGCUCACCAGAGUUAAGCGUGCCGUAGUUUUGACAUCUUCAACUUCUUCUGUGGUGAAUGGUCCACCGUACUUAAUCUUUCCAAGAUCUAAUCGGGAGGGAAUUUCUUCUUCCCAGUAAGUUAGUGCACUGCGGUUGAGAGGUGUUUUGUGCUUCACUGCAAACUUGACAAUUCGGUGCAUUGCUUUUAGUGACUCUAUUGCGUUUGCUGGCUCAAUUAUUAACCACUUUGAUGAUUGAAUGAAGUCUAGGAUAAGAAUUACACUCAUGCACAAAACAGUGAGCAAGCUCCAUGUUAGGUUGACAUCAGAUACCGAAAACAUCUCUAAACAAUCUUUGUCAACCCUUUUUCUUAACAGAUCACUAAACCAGUAACCAAAGAACCCGCAAAACACAAACCAUGCAAUGAAACUUGUAAUACUAGAAGACGACGCAUCAGGCAUCUGGUCCAAUCCCAAUUGAAGGAUAUUAACUAUGCACAGUGUAAUUCCAAUUAUGGCCAAAAUUGUAAUAGCGACAAAUGAACUCAAAACAAUAUAGUCUUCGGCUUUAGGCACUGUUUCAAGUAUCAAAAGGCAUAAACAUGUAAAUACUGUUGAAAUGAACAGUAAAACAAAUCCCACUCUAAUGACAGGGUAUUUUCCAAAUUUGACAUCUGCUAGUAAUCCUGAGACAAAUGCUAAAAUGGAAGUUACAAAAAAUGGAAUUAACGUGAGCCAUGAGUUGACUUGUAUUGACAUUGAGUAUAAAGAUGCUCCAAUUAUGUUUAUAAGGGAGCAGGUCACUACACUUAGCAGUAGCACCCACACAAGAACAAGGAGUGCUCCUUUUGAGUAGAAAUAUCUCACUCUGUGCUUGCACUUACACCUAGUCAUUUUUACUCUACACUUCUCUGAGUCUUACUUGUAGAUUAUUGGAUGCUCGUUACAUUUUAUAGUCAGCUUGCAAUUGUUAGGUAUAUUAUAGUUACUGAUUAUUAUUAUGUUUCUCACUGUGGGACUGUUUGUUGGAGGAGGGGGGGGGGUCAUUGUAAUAUCACUGACAAGAACAUUUUCACAUUCAAUAAAUCUAAUCUGUGUAUAAAAAUUAUAGUCUACAUGUACAUGCAUGAUUAACCAUAUUUUGCUCUUGAAACAACUGCAUGAGAUUUUGUAGAUAGAAUCUGUAUUCAUUGUUUGUUGCUCAAGAAGGGUACUAUAGCCCCCCCCAUAUGCGUGCACAUGUUUGAUAAAUGUUUCUAAUUUAACGUGUUGCCGUGCAUGGUGUAUUGUCGCCCAGUUUGGUUUUAUGUAAACUCCUUUACUUGUAUGGUGGGCUGCUAACAUACAAGGGAACAAUAGGGCAGGCUGACUCAUAUUGUCUUUUAUCACAUCUGCCUGGUGAGUCAUGUGAUUAAAAGUUUGCUUUCAUAGUAGAACUACGAGUAGCCUCCUUCACAAGGCCUCAAUCCUGGAAUCGAGGCUAAACUACAAGGUGCACUGGACCCUAAUUGCUAUCACGUAAGUGAUCCCAGAAUGAGAUCAAUAGAUAAAAUGUUUCUGGGAUGGCUGUUGAUGGUUUUAUGCAGUAUUCUUUGGGUUCAAUUUGUUAUGCCACAGUUGGAAACUGAUGAUUACCACACGAUAGAGGAAGCCCUAUGUAGGUCCACUCGAACCAUUGGCACAGCAAAUCUCUUGCUUCAUUCCAACAUUACUUACCUGGUUCAUCCUGGGGAAUUUUGUGUUGUUGAAAACUCCCAAAAUAUACACAUAUAUGGGAACAAUCCUAGUUCACCUACCCUUGUUAAGUGCCUUGCCCAAAAUAGUAGCUAUUCUUCACGAGGAUUUGCUUUUAUAAAUGUCUCAAAUUUGACAAUAGAGAAUAUCAUAUUCAACGAUUGUGGAGGAAUAACUGUGUUUGAUACCGGUUUCUCUUUUGAUGCAACAUUGUCUGCUUCUCUUUUUUGCAAUCACUGCGUAGAUGUAACUCUCCGGAAUAUAAUUAUUACGAACUACUGGGGAUUUGCAUUUGUUGGUUGUAAUCUUUUUGGUGACACUUACUUUGAUAGACUUGUAAUUCGGUCCAACAGAAAUGUUAACAUUUCUUCAUCUCUCUGCUAUGAUAACAUGUUGGGCCACAAUGUUUGUAUUGGUAGUGGAAUGCUUUUUGAUUUUUUUGAUUCUGAAUUGGCACUAAAUUCCAGCGAGAUUGUUGUGCAAGACUCAGAUUUUAUCGACAACCAUUACGAACAUUCUGAAAUGUACGAUGAAAAGUGCACAGAUGUGUUCUUCUAUGAUUCUCAAGCUCUACUAAACUCUUUUCCAGGUGUGGGAGCUAUGACAAUUAUGUUUGAACAAACAUUGUUUAGUGUUUCAGUAACAAUUGAGAGAUCAAAGUUUGUCAACAAUAAGGGUAUAUGCUAUGGGAGUACUGCAGCUUUUUAUCUUGGCUUACCCAGUCUAUCAACUCUAAACAUUAGCAAUUCUCUGUUUCUCAAUAAUGUAGCACUGUACAGUGACAUUUUAUCCAACCAAAACUUUUUUGGUAGUGCUAUCACAAUUUUUAUGAUGUUUCUUGAAGGCCGCACAGAAUUUUACAAUUGCACUAUCAUUCAAGACUCUACGUUUACUCACGACUGUACCGACUGCAGUAGUGCUUUGUUUAUAUCAAUUUCACAGUUACCACUAAGUAAUGGUUUUUGUAGAGUUACACUUGAUAACCUUACAUCCAAAUCGGACAUUCUAUUUCUGCGUGCGGAAUCAGUGGGUGCAAUACGACAGUUACUGUUUCACUUGAAAGACUUGAAACUGUUUGGUUUGAAUCAACAUAGCAAUUCCAAUAACAGUUACCAUGGUGUUAUUGAACUGUUGAACAUUCAAGAAGCUGUUGUGGAAGGAUCGUCGCCGACUUCGAGUGUGUUUAAAGAUCUAGUUGGACCUGUGAUAUCAGUUACGAAAACUUUCCUAUUUUUUCGAGGAAACGUCUCAUUUCAAAACAAUUUUGGGCCAUCUUGGACAAAUGGAGCUGCCAUACAGCUGUAUGACUCAUUCCUGAGCCUGGUUGAACCAACAACACUUUUUUUUGAUAGUAAUGUUGCAGUGUUUGGUGGUGCUAUAUAUUCGUAUGGUGAUGAGCAAUUAUCUUCGUUUUGCUCUAUACAGUACUCCACAAACUUAAUUUAUACGUUGGAAAAUGUUACUAAAAUGGAUGCUCGUAUGAUUUUUCGAAAAAACUCAGCUGUACUUGGAGGUAAUUCAGUAUACGUUGGUAAUCUUUAUAAUUCUAGUGUUCGAAUCAGUAAAGGAAUUUUGAUCAGCUCAAAACAUGUUGAUGCUAUUUACGAUGCCAUUUUUGUGUUUGAAGAGACAGUUGAGAAUCAUCUACAAGAAGUGUCGUCAGUUGGUGAAAAUGUGUGCCUGUGCUUAUCGAAUGAUAGCUUUGAUUGUACUGGCAGGACAUACUUGGAUCACCCAUUGCAUACUUAUCCUGGGAAAACCAUCUACUUGAAUAUGAUAGCAUUAGAUAAGGUUGGAAAGCCCGUCUACUCCACCAUAUUUGCAAAUGUUGGACGAAAUUUCCCCUACAAUAAUGAUCUAGACUGGAACCUAGCCUAUGGACAAGAUGUAAUUCUGAUGCACAAAAGUAAUUGUAAAAAUGUAUCAUUCAACAUUUUAAGUAUCAAUAAUACAAACACUCUUGGAAUAUUAAGCACGUAUGUACAAGGCUCUGACAAGAGUAAAAGUAUGGAUAUUCCCGUUUUCCUACAACGCUGCCCUUUGGGUCUACAGAAACCUUCAGGGGUAAAUUCCUGUACAUGCUCAGCAUUACUUCAAAAGUUUGGCGUGACUUGUGAUGUUAAUGAAGGUACUGUUACUAUUCCACCUACCUCGUGGAUUGGUGCCAUCGAUUUGGACAUCAAUGCAACAGCACUAGGAUUCUCAAACCACUGUCCAAUUGAUUUUUGUAAACCUAAGGUAUAUACAUUGCCGCUGGAGAGUUCAACAAUUUGUAGCGUGAAUCGUGAAGGUGUUUUAUGUGGAAGAUGUUCUCCCCCAUACAGUGAAGUUAUUGGUGACUAUCAAUGCCAAAAGUGUUCUAAUUGGUGGUUGCUCUUGAUUAUUGUGUAUGCCGUUGUUGGUGUACUGUUGGUAUUCCUUCUUUUUUAUUUGAACCUAACACUCACCUCAGGCACUAUUAAUGGUGUAAUUUUCUACGCUAACUUCUUGUACAUCAACAGGAUACGAUUUCUUGGUACACCUGGAUUAAUUUGGCUGCAAAUUUUCUUCUCAUUUAUAAAUCUGCGUUUAGGAUUCCCUUUAUGUCUCUAUGAUGGCAUGACUACAAUAGUCAGCAGUCACCUUUCAUUUGUCUUCCCUUUCUACUUGUGGAUCAUUGCAAUUUCGCUAGUUGUGAUCAGUAGGUAUUCAAAUAAAGUCUCUGAUUUGUUUGGUAGGUCUGCUGUUCAUGUUCUUGCUACAUUGAUACAUCUGUCUUACAGUACUUUAUUGGCUUCUACUGUUGAUGGACUGGUAGUGAAUGAUGUCACUAUUGAACUUGAAAGAGGUGAGAUUUUUAAUCACAAAGUUUGGUACCUGGAUGGAAAUUUGACAUAUUUGGCAGAUGGACAUCUCACUCUCUUCAUGCUUUCUAUAAUUAAUCUUGUCUUCAUUUUACUACCUUAUACAAUACUGUUGACUGGAAUCAGAAUAUUCUCAAGAUUAAGGAUUGUAAAUCGCUUCAUGCCUCUUAUCGAUGUGUAUUGCGCACCAUACAAGGACAAGUGGCGAUUUUGGUUUGGAGCACGCUUGAUAGUACUUGUGGUGUUAUAUACUGGUUCUGCUUUACUUAGAAAUCACAUAUCCAGCUUAUAUUUCAUGAAGGUCGUGGUGCUGGUUUGUUUUACAAUUGCCCAGUUGGUGAUCAUGCCUUUCAAAAAUUAUUUCAUCAAUCUGCUGGAUGGAUUCUUUCUGGUCAAUGCCAUUUUUUUGUCAGCCACUGCCCUGUAUACACUGAACGAAAUUGACAAUCUCCGAAAAGGAACCAGCACACUUGUUGGAUUAGCUUUUCUUGUUUCUCUGUGUGUUCUGGUGUAUCAUAUUUGGGAUACCCGAUGCAAGCGAUGCAAAAUUACUAGGAAAUUAACUUAUAAUCGAAUUAGUGAGGGAGCUCAAACAGUAGACCAUGAGUUAAAUACCGAGAUUGAUACAACACAACCAUCUCAACCAGUUACUUUCCACGUUCUAAGCUACCAUCCAGAAAAACUAAGAGAAUCAUUGUUGGAUUCUGGCUCUGGGAAUAUUCAAGAGAGCUAUAACAACUGAAAAUCGGACCUAAAAAAAUAAUUGUGUGAUCCAAUAAUUAUGUGUAUUAACUAUUAAUUAUGAUGCCAGAGUUUUAUGGUGUGCAAGUUUUAUGGUGUGUAUGCCUUCUAACUCAUGUCCCACUUUUCUAAAUCGUUCCAGA